AUGAGCGGAUCCACACAACCGGGUACUAACCAAAGCUCGGACAAUAAAGACGAUGAGAAGCCAGAUGAAACUGAGCCAGAUGUCCAGUUCAAACCUGUAACUGAAUUAAAAGAACAAGUGGCUACAAGUACCGGUGAAGAAGAUGAGACUGUACUGUAUACGAAACGUUCUAAGCUUUUACACUUUGACGUUGAGAAAAAAGCAUAUGAGACCAAGGGUGUUGGUGAGGUCAAACUGUUACAACACAAGGAGACUGAAAAAGCACGUCUCCUAUUACGUGCAGAGGGAUCUGAACGUGUUAUCCUAAACACUGCAAUUGCGAAAACCUUAGAGUACACCAAUGUUGGUAAAGGUGUUCGCAUUCCAGUUGUUGAAGGUGGCAAGAUUGAAACGUAUGUGCUGAGGGUAAAGACCGAUGACGAUGCGAAUGCACUAGUGAACGCCAUUGCAGAGGCAAAGAACAAGUUGUAA